AUGGUCCAAUUUUAGAUAUUGUGCCUCCGAUUUAUAAAUAAAUAGAAGUGUCCUACGGUUUUAUAUGAAAAAUUUACAUAUCAUAUGGUCUCAUAAUGUUGUGUAGGGUCCCAACAAAGUGACGCCAACUAAUAAUCAUUUAAUCAAUUUAUACCAAAAAUCAAUAAAAUUACCAAACAUGCUUUAUCAAGCAAGACUCAAACAGUACCCGGAACUAUCCGUUCAGACAGAAACCUCUAAUUGCUCUCUGUUUCAAUUUUUCAGAGAUUUUGAUCUAUUGAAAAUUGAACAAAGGAGAUGAUAUGGGAAACAACAACGCCACUGCCAUUUUAACAGAUCAAGAAGAGAGGUCAAAGCUAGAAAUCAAUGGAGUGUCUCCAUUGGCCUCUUCCGUAGAUACCACGCAAGAGCAGGUGUUUUUUGCUGGUGAAGGUAAAGAUGGAGAUGAAGAGAAAGAGAGCUCAAAGCUAGAAACCGAUGGAAACAUUCCACUGGAUUACGUUUCUUUAGAGACCGUGCAAGAUCAAGUGUUUCUUGCAGGUGAAGAAAAAGAUGGAGAUGAAGAGAAUGAGAGCUCAAAGCUAGAAACCAAUGGGAUGUCUCCAUUCGACUCUGUUUCUUUAGAGACCGCGCAAGAUCAAGUGUUUCUUUCAGGUGAAGAAAAAUAUGGAGAUGAAGAGAGUAAGAGUUCAAAGCUAGAAACCAAUGGAAUGUCUUCAUUGGAGUCUGUUUCCGUAGAGAUCACGCAAAAGCAGGGGUUUCUUGCGGGUGAAGAAAAAGAUGGAGAUCAAGAGAAAGAGAGCUCAAAGUUAGAAACCAAUGGAAUGUCUCCAUUGGAGACUGUUUCCGUAGAGAUCACGCAAAAGCAGGUGUUUCUUGCGGGUGAAGAAAAAGAUGGAGAUCAAGAGAAGGAAAGCUCAAAGCUAGAAACCAAUGGAAUGUCUCCGUUGGACUCAAUAUCCGUAAAGACCAGGCAAGAUCAGUUGUUUCUUGCGGUUGAAGAAAAAGAUGGAGAUAAAGAGAAAGAGAGCUCAAAGCUAGAAACCAAUGGAAUGUCUCCAUUAGACUCUAUUUCCGUAGAGACCACACAAGAUCAGUUGUUUCUCGCAGGUGAAGGAAAAGAAGGAGAUGAAGAGAAAGAGAGUUUGUCUAAUGGUGUUGAAGAAACAGAACAACAUAGCAAGGAAUUUGUUGAUGAAUCGAAAGUAAAAAAAUUCAAAGAAGAGAUGGACCAGAGUGGCUUGGAGAGCUUGGUAAUGGAAACAGCUGAGAAGCUUCAAAAACAGACAUCAGUUGCGAAAGGUGUUGAAACUUUGAGUGAAGCAAGAGAAGUGGAAGAGUUGUCUAUGAAGGGAACUCAAAGUGUUGUGAGCAAACUGAAUUGGACAGAGUCUGGUAAUGAAGAGAAGCUCUGUGCGAUUCAUGAGAUUGUCUUUGAAUCUCCAAGCUCUCUUGGAACUGUUGGAACUGAAGAAAACAUGGUGAAUGAGUCUUUGGACGAAAUUUUUCAUUCAGAGGAAGUUGUAAAGCUUGAUCAAGAGACUGGUAUGGAACAGAGAACAGGAAGGGAAGGGAUUCCUGAAAUCGAGCCACAGGAGAUUCUGAAUCUGGACUAUCGCGUUGUUCAUGAUGAAGAAGUUACAGAUGAAGGAAAAGUCGGUAAGGCAAUCUCUAACUCUAAACCUGGUUUGCAAGAGUCAGAUGCCAUUCAAGAGGCCGGUCUUGGAGUUUAUAAAGCAGAGAAGGACAAAAGAGAAGCGAGUCUGAAACGCAUGUAUCGGUGCAGAUCGCUCCCAGUGAGCCAGAAUAGUAGAGUUAUUGGAGAUUCGCUGGUUCAACAGUUGGUUUCAGAGGUUGCGUUUACUUCAAGAAACAAGAUGGGUCUAAAGAAAGCUAACACGUCUGAGGCUCUACUUGUUCCUUGCGUAGGAAGCAACAAAGCGCAAGAAACUAUUGAAGCGAUAACUGAAAGCAAUAAAGAAGCUAGGCUCGAGAUGCGAGCUCCUAGCUUUGGUCAUGACCUAAGAAUCGAAGAAAGAAGUGAUGAAUCGACUGAGAAUACUCCGCUACUCUGUGAGGACAAGACUGAGAUAUACGAGGCAACAAUCGAUGUGGAAGAGAAAACUGUGAUGCUGAAGAGAAGUGAGUCUGUGAAAUCAAGAGGCAGCGAGAGGUCUCUAGGAUCGUUGAAGAAACACAAUGAUAGCUUCAAAGAAACCAAGGGCUCAGAAGAUAACCUGGUGGACAAGAAAGCUUCGCCGGAUUCUAUGAAAGGCAUAGUCAAAAAACGAAGUAAAUCUUCGCUUUUGGGAACAUGCCUUUGUUGCACCACCGCAAUGAAUUGAACUAAUUAUUUUGUGACUUUAUGGUUUUUUUUUUCCUUAUUUUUAUGAUUGUUUUGAUAAAUUGGGAGGAAACAAAUGAAAGUGUGGAUUGGGUUUUCUGUAUA